AUGACAGCUGAACCAUCUACGGAAUCUAGUGCAAGUGCGUCUUCAUCGCCAGCACCUGCAAUCAAAUUUGAGAAGGGAAAGCUACUUCAAACAGUACAAACCACCCAAUUUGCGUGGUUUGUAGGUAAUGUCUUGACCAUAUUGGGAUUCUUGUUGUAUUCAUUGACAUAUUUAGAUUUUUUUCCAUCAUUUUAUAAACCAUUUUACUUUAUUACAUUGAUCGGGGUCUUGAUAUCUUUUGGUAUAUUAAUUUUCCAAUUGAUUCAAACUAAUGGAUUUAGAUUUACAUUAUUGAUCAAGGAUGAUAAUACUCAUUAUUUGUUGUUGGGUGGAUUCUUGUUAUUUCUCAGGCCCUAUGUUUGGAUAACUUUGAUUCCUUAUUUUGUGUUUUCGAUAUUUCACGUAUUGGCUUAUACAAGCGGUAACUUAUUGCCAAUAUUUGGAUUAGAAAAAAGCAUUAUAUCCAAGUAUAUCACUAGUUUUGUUAGUGCUAAUAAUGCGAAAUCUAUUCAAGUUGCCAGUGGCAUUGAAUUGAUUACAUUGAUUUGGCUCUUGAUUAGAAUGUUUACAUUUAGAAAAAGAUCAUUAAGUCCCGUGUUGGUUUAUUUGGUAUUUACUAAAAAGAGAUACGAAGUUAGUCCAUUUACCAGGAACUAUCUUAAGGUGAUUAAAAAUGCAAUUGACCAAUUUGUUAAUGAUUUGAAUCAGCCAAUCAUCAAGGAAGGCUGGUCCCAUAUUCAAAAGGUUUUUGCUGUGAUUGAUAGCUAUAAAUUGGUUAAUGAUUAUACUCUUGAGAAAGCGGAAUAG